GACCUAGAAUACUACGGACGUAGUUUUGCUAAGACAAAAACUGUGAUUCCAUCAUCCACCAGUUUCCUAGUAUUUACGCGUGACACACACACAUUGACAGUUAUCUCUAUGCCCUCAUCCACCAAUUUUCUGUCAGGCGGAUCGAAACGUCGUUCAAGUAAACGUCUCGACGAAAAAUAUUAAAAUAUGCCGACAUGCGUGAUAAAAUGCUGCAAAAAUUAUACCGAUCGCAAGAAAAAACGGGACGGGAUAACUUUUCAUAGGAUUAAUAAAGAAAAUAAAGAUUGGACAAAUCGUCUUGUAGAUAUUAUAAGAAAAUGCAGACAUGAAACCGAUUGGAUUCCUUCCAAAUCAAGCGUGAUUUGUAGUGUGCAUUUUGAUGCAAAUGAUUUUUAUACCUCAAAAGGUGGACGUCUUUAUCUUGUUAGCAAUGCGAUACCAAAGAAGUUUUUGGAGCCUUCGAAUCGUCAAGAACAAUACUUAAAUGUGACAAAUACCUGUAACUUUUUCCAAAAGUCAAGACUGGAGACAGAGAGUAUAUUAAUAGAGGAAAAGGAAAAUUCCAAUACAAAGAUCAAUAUAGAUAUACAAAAUAAACCUGUCGACUGUGAAGAAGCGUCAGAUAUAAAUAUAGAAAACCCUAUGAUAGUAUUAUACUCUCCCAAGAAACGCAAUUUAAAAGAAAGUCUUAUCAAGAAAGAAAUCCUUGUUAGAAAACUACGAAAGAAAUUGAGGACUGCCAACCAAAAUAUCAAACGACUACAAUCUAGGAAUAAAUCUUUAAAGGACAUUCUCAAAAAUUUAAAGGAAAAUAAUUUAAUAGACACGGAUUUAUUUGGUAAAUUGAAUGAAGACAUCAUUGCAGUAAAUUUGUUUAAUAAUUACAAUAGAAAAAAAUUAAAAAAGAACAUCAAAUAUUCUCCCGUCAUAAAAAAAUUUUGUCUCACGUUAAACUAUUACUCCCCGAAAGCAUACGAUUACGUAAGAGAUACAUUUAAUACGUGUCUUCCACAUAGAAAAACUCUAAGUAAAUGGUAUGGUAAUUUGAAAGGAGACCCUGGAUUUACAGAAGAAUCUUUCAAAGCCUUGAAAGCAAAAUCGCAAAUGAGCGAAAACAGACCUCUCUGCUCUUUGAUCUUCGAUGAGGUUGCGAUUAGGCCUCAACCUAUUUGUGAUGAUAAGGACGACACUCUAGAGUUUAUGGAAGAAAUCUCCGGCGAAGCUAGAGAUCUUGCCAAAAGGUUAGACGUGGAUGAAUUGAACAACUUCAGAGAGCUAAUUAUCGGAUACCUGGCUGUUCCAUAUGGACUGGUCACACACACACUGGUCGAAGACUUUCGUCUUGAGAUACUGUGGAAUAUUGGACAAAAAGAUGUGCCGUAG